GAGCGCUGAAAACUGAAGUGUUCUGUGGCUGUCGCUGUGGAGCUUGGAAAAAAUAAAUGCAACAGCUUUGAGUAUUGAAUAACUUAAACUUAUUAAUUUACUGACGAAAAAAAAUUAUAUUGAAUUAGUACAAAUCUCAAAGGAAAAUGGAAAACGAUAUCUUGGAUUCCCUGAACGAUCUAGGAUAUGAAGGCCAUCUAGUUGAUGAAGCAUUCUUUGGAAAGGCCCUUGAUGGUGGGCCGAAAUCCAUGGAUUAUACCAAGCUGGUUCAUAUCCUAUCGGAGGAAAUCAAACAACUUUGCAAUGUAGAGGAAACUGUUAACAUGAUUAAUGAUCCAGAUGAAUCAAGCACAUUUUUGUUGGAGCUGAGUUCCUUCCUGAAGGAGUUGGGAUGUCCUUAUAGGAAACUAGUGACAGGUCACUUGUCUUCCAGACUCCAGUCCAGAGAAGAUAAAUUGCUCCUGCUUGAUUAUCUGAUAUCUGAGCUGAUGGCAGCGAAGAUAGUUAAUGUUGAUGCACCAAAGGUGAAGACAGGAAUGGAUAUUGUUGUUAUAGAGACACCAACAGCUAGAGAUCUGAAAGAGAUACUGAUUACACUGAAGUUCAAUAAACCACCACCGAAUAUAACUCCAGAGAUACUGUUCUCUAAAGUUGAAGCUAAAGUAAAGGAGACCAUACAAAAGGAAGGUGACCAGAUGGUUGGAAAGCCUUUGUACAACAAGGCACUGACCGAUAAAGAUUGGAAACAAUUAGACCUGAUGUUCAUGGAUAUGUUUGAAGAGUACAGGUGUAGACGAGAGACAUUGAUUACGAGGCUUGAGUGUACCAUUCAGAGUUUUGAGUGGUCAGACCGUCUGAAAGGCAAGAAGGAUCUAAUACAAACAACAUACAGGCCCAAACGUGACCUACUGAAAAUGAAGCCGGAUGUAAAGCUGUCGGAUUUCUUGGCAGCUCGUUCGUCACUGUUGCACGUUGAGAAGACAUCGAGUGCUAGCGUCAGAAAGAACACACAGAGUGAUGUUAAUAAAGUGCUUAUUGGGAAGGUUCCCGACCGAGGUGGUCGUCCUCACGAACAGCAGCCACCUCCACCCGAGAUGCCUUCCUGGCAGCAAAGGACAUCAGCGCCACAGGGUGGUGGUGGACGAGGCGGCGGUUUUGGUGGAAGGGGCGUUGGUAGAGGUGGUAGCAGCGGCGGUAGGGGAGGCAGGGGUGGUGAUAACGGCGGGAGAGGAGGGGGUCGCGUGCAGGGAGGCUACAAUCAGCCAAGCGGGGAUUAUAGGCCCCACACAAGCCCAGCUAGUUUUAACCAAAAUCCAAACAGUCGAAACUACCAAACUUAUGAAGUGCCGCCCGGAGGGUAUAACGCUGCCAACAACAGUUACACCCAGAACCAGAACCGCAACCCGGCGGGCUACACCACGGGUUACGGUUACAGCACCAUCCAGGGUUACGAUAGCGCGGGCAGCUACAACCAAGGAUAUCAAGUAGGCUACACUACGUACGAAACGAACCCCGGGUAUCAAACGCAGGGAUACCACCAAAGUCAACAAGCGUAUCAAAGUGGCCGGUAUCAAAAUGAACACGACGAUAGAAGACGCGGCAACUACCGAGGACGCCGUUGAUUUUAAUAUUUUGUUUUGUACUGUGUUUCUCAUUUAACCAAAGUUUAGGAGCUGAUGAAUAAAAAUAAUACCUAAUUAGUUUAGAUUAAAGAAAAAUAGAACACAAAUGUAAAAAAUAGCAUACACCUACAAGUAAACUCAUUUAACAUAACGUUACGUUCUUGCAUGCUUCCAAACUUGGUUCUAUUACCAAAAUAACUGCCAAAACACAACAUAAGUGUUAUCACAUACAAUACAACUGUGCUGUGAAAUACACAAUGCCUGUGACCUUGCAGUGUAUUGUUUGAUGUCAAAGGAGUUUGUUACCUUCUAACCACAGUCGUAUAAGUAGACACCUAAUAUAAACCCUUUUUAAUGUUAUAUCAAAUGUGUGUAAAUGGAACUGUACUUUUGCAUUAGGUUUCUGCGUAAGAUAGAGUAUAAAAUACAGUUACACACGUUAAAAUCCAUUAAAAGUAUUUUAUUUGAAUAAAACACUCGCGCUAAUCAAAGAAAAUACUAUAAAAAAACCCCAAUUUUUUAUCAUUAUUUCCAUCAAAAUAGACAAGCAUAUGGCGAUGGGGUUUAGGAAGUAAUUUUAUAAGUACUUAAGUCUUAAGUUUUAAAUAAAAUUUAAUUCGACAGCUCUUAAACUUUAGUAUAAGGAUUGUGCAUCUAGCGAAUGUGCUAUAAAGCCUUGUAUUUUAAUAACGAAACUCUCGUCAAUGUAAUAAUUCAUUAUUCAAACGACGUAUUGCAAUAUUUAUUGAUUAUUUAAUUUAAUAAAUCUCUAAAUUGGCUUGUAUUGUCUAUGUGCAAUUUAAUAUCGCUAUACUUAUAAUAUAUUAAAAUUAAUAGACUAUAACUACACAUGUUGUCAUAAUAAAAGAAAAGAUUUUUGUCAUAAGGAAGGAGAUAAUGUUGAAUCAUGUAGAUUAUGUACUUAUCGUAUAAUUUAUGAAAUAUGUAAUCCAUUAAUAUAUCUAGAUCAGUUGGCACUGACUUUCUGUGAAAAUAAAAACUAUAAAAACUUAAA